GAGCGCAGGCGCAGAAACAUGAACCUUCUGCCUUGCGCCAACUCUGCAAGGAACCCGCAAGCAUGGAGGGGCGCGCGAACUCCCCGGGCGAGCCCCGCGCCUGGCCCACCCGGUCCGUGCUGUGCCGCGGCUGCGUGGAGCCACUCGUCUUCCUCGCCAACUUCGCCUUGGUCCUGCAGGGCCCGGUCACCACGCAGUACCUGUGGCACCGCUUCAGUGCAGACCUUGGCUACAACGGCACCCGUCACAGGGGCAGCUGCAGCAACCACAGCGUGAACCCCAUCGCGCAGGAAGUGGAGACACUUACCUCCCACUGGACCCUCUACAUGAACGUGGGCGGCUUCCUGGUGGGACUCUUCUCGGCCACCCUGCUGGGCGCCUGGAGUGACUGUGUGGGCCGCCGCCCGCUGCUGGUGCUGGCCUCCCUCGGCCUGCUGCUCCAGACUGUGCUGUCCAUCUUUGUGGUUCAGCUGCACCUCCACGUCGGCUACUUGGUACUGGGCCGCAUCCUUUGUGCCCUCCUUGGCGAUUUCAGUGGGCUCCUGGCCGCUGGCUUUGCCUCCGUGGCUGAUGUCAGCUCCAGCCGCACCCGUACUAUCCGAAUGGCCCUGUUGGAAGCAUGCAUUGGGGUGGCGGGAAUGCUGGCGAGCUUCACUGGUGGCUCCUUGCUCCAGGAGCAGGUUUAUGUCAACCCCUUCUGGCUCGCCUUGGCCUUGCUGACCGUCAUGACUCUCUAUGCAGCAUUCUGCUUUGGUGAGACAGUGAAGGAGCGGACACCUACCCGUCUCUUCACACUCCGUCACCACCGAUCCAUCAUCCAGCUCUAUGUGACCCAGGCCCUGGAGAAGUCCAGGAAGCACUUAGCCCUGUACUCAGUGGCCAUCUUCGUGAUGAUCACAGUGCACCUUGGGGCCCAGGACAUCCUGACCAUCUAUGAGCUGAGUGCACCCCUCUGCUGGGACUCUCAGCUGAUCAGCUACGGUUCUGCAGCUCAGCAGCUCCCAUACCUCACCAGUCUGCUGGGCCUGCGGCUUCUGCAGUACUGCCUGGCCGACACCUGGGUGGCUGAGAUCGGCCUGGUCUUCAAUAUCCUGGGGAUGAUGGUCUUCGCAUUUGCUACCAUCACACCCCUCAUGUUCACAGGGUACGGGCUCCUUUUCCUGUCGUUGGUCGUCACCCCUAUCAUCCGGGCCAAGCUAUCUAGACUGGUGAGGCAAUCGGAGCAGGGUGCUCUCUUUUCUGCUCUGGCCUGUGUGAAUGGCUUGGCCAUGCUGAUGGCCUCCGGCAUCUUCAACUCGCUCUACCCAGCCACCCUGAACCUCAUGAAGGGCUUCCCCUUCCUCCUGGGAGCUGGACUGCUCUUCAUUCCGGCCAUCCUGAUGGGGAUACUGGAAAGGGAUAAUCAUUGCCCUGAAUUCCAGGAGUUUUCCCAGAGCCCCUGAUCUGCCUGGACCCAAGGACAGAGGGCAAGAGGAGCAACGUGAGUGCUGACCAACUGGAAGGAGACGCAUCUGGAUCCCAGCCCUUAGCAUAGCGGCAAAUCCCCCCAAAGGGCCAUGUUCACCUUGGACAGAAUGGUCAACCUGGACCAAGGCCCCUGCCUCAUCCACAGCCGUGCCAGCGUAUGACUCCCAGAUCUUGAAUUGUCAUCCACUCAGGGCAGGUGGUGGGGGAGCCCCUAUUUGGAACAGGGAUCUGUUUACCCUUUAGGCCAUGAAUCACACAGAACCCUCCAGGGGAGGGGAGAGGUCCUGACGGAGGGACCAGUUGAAGCCUGAGGGCUGGCACCUCUGCUUCCAGCACAAACUGGGCAGCUCAGUGUUCAAUUCAUCACUCCUUAGUUAUGAAUAUGGUACCUUUGGGGGAGGGACUUGGUGUCCCCUGGAGGGAGAAUGCUGCUGUUUCUGGGUGGGAAUUAAUCUGCUGGGCUUAGCAGUGCCAAUCAUCAUCAGUUCAGUUCA